AUGAAUAUGAUGACACGGAUGAGGAGAUAAAUGAAAUGAUAUUUGAUGCUUUAGCUUCUUCACGUGCAAAAAGUAAAGAAAUCAGUUCAGCAAAGAAUAGCACUUACAGGAAGUUUCUUCUCACACUUGCUAUUAAUCAGA